GCUGCUGCUGGAGGUGGGAGCUGUGAUUCCAGCCAACUUGGUGAUGGGCGUCUCACUGCCUGUGCAGUCAGCCCGAUGAUCUCCAGACAGCCCUGUAGACAGUGCUUCCUCCCACCUGGCCAGCUCCCGCCUCCCUGGAAUGUUCUGGGUGGCCUAGCUCAGUCACCUGGACACACGCAUGAUUCGGGCCAAGGUGGUCAGCGGGAAGGAGGUGGACUCCGGCAACGACAUCUACGGCAACCCCAUCAAGCGCACUCAGUACGAGAUCAAGCAGAUAAAGAUGUUCAAAGGGCCCGACAAGGACAUCGAGUUCAUCUACACGGCGCCGUCCUCCUCCGUCUGCGGGGUCUUGCUGGACGCCGGCGGGAAGAAGGAAUAUCUCAUUGCAGGAAAGGCCGAGGGGAAUGGCAAGAUGCACGUCACCCUCUGCGAUUUCAUCGUGCCCUGGGACUCCCUGAGCACCACCCAGAAGAAGAGCCUGAACCACAGGUACCAGAUGGGCUGCGAGUGCAAGAUCUCGCGCUGCCCCAUGAUCCCCUGCUACAUCGCCUCUCCCGACGAGUGUCUGUGGAUGGACUGGGUCACUGAGAAGAACAUUAACGGGCGUCAGGCCAAGUUCUUCGCCUGUAUCAAGAGGAGCGACGGCUCAUGCGCCUGGUACCGCGGCGCGGCGCCCCCCAAGAAGGAGUUUCUCGACAUCGAGGACCCCUAAGCAGGCUGGCAGCGCCCCUCUGGCCGACGGCAAAGCCUCGAGAGUCUAGACGGGUCCAGUUCUGACAUCCCUUCCUGGAAACAGCAUGAAUAAAACAGUCAUCCGAGUGGGUCUGAAUCAGUGUGA